GGCCACUGGGGUUCCCAGUCUUGGCUCAGGCGGAGGCCCCGGAGGGAGUCCCAAUGGCUGGAAGGUGGUGGCUUGAGAAAUAUUUAGUUCUCAAACAUUUUGGUCCCUCGACCCCUUUACCUUAUACUCUUAAAAUGACCGAGGACCCCAAAGAGAUUUGCUUUAUGUGGGUUAUAUUAUAUAGCUAUUGAUAUUUGCUGUGUUAGAAAUUAAAAUUAAGAAAUGUUAAGAUGUUUAGUUAUUUAACACACACAGACCCCCACACACACCCCGGAAGAUCCAAGGAGGACUCGGUGGUUGUCUGGCUCCUUCGGGGAACCGCAUUUGACGGCCUGCAGCAUAAGAACAGCCCAAUAUGCUGGCUGGCCCCACGCAGUUGGCUACUGAACCCACUGAAGGCACGUGGCUGGGAAGGCGCUACUUGUGUUUUGUCUGAAUAGGUGGUCAGCUUACAAACCAACUUUCUUUUGAGAGGUUACUCUUUCGGCACCAAUGUGAGGCUUCUGGCAGGGAAUGAUACAAUAUUCUCUGUAUAUUUCCAAAACAGGAAAACAUUCAUAUGAAAUGGACAUUUUUAUCAGCUUUACAUCACUUCGAUGGCAGGAUGUAGCCCUUGUUAAUGCUAAAGUCAGCCAAACACGUCUUUAGGAAAUUUGACCUUUCUCUUAUGGAAAAGUACAACAUCCCUGGAUCCUCUUCAAUUGACUGAAAAUCUUCCCUGCUAAACAAGAAAAAUAACUGCUAAAGAUAAUUGUUUUAAAACACUUUAAGACGAUGCUGAGGCAAUGUAGAAGAAAUUGACCCGCAGUUUACGAUUUAAAAGGAAAAGGAAUAGAAUGACCGGAGCCUCCAUUCCGCCAGGCCUCCUGAGUGCCUGUCAGCCAGCACUCGGGACUUCCCUUCCCAGGGCUGGGCCUCAGAGGGAGAGAAACAGAAGCCAGCAGAGGCGAGUUUUUACCUGCUGAGCCAGGUCCAGUUCUAACCUUCUUUGCAGCUCCCAGCCCACCUCGGAAACGUGACUGGGGGCGGAGGAGGAAGGAGCAGCCGCAGUGGGUCCUUCCCAAGGACACCGGCUGAGUACCAGAGAGCUCAGCUUAAGGAAGCCCCUGGACUGGCCCGGAAGAGCCUCACUUGCAGGGGGGGAAACUUCGUGCUGACGAAGCCACUAUGAGGGAUUCUGUUCAGAUGGUGACCCUGUGGGGCAAAGAAGCCCCUCCCCACAGCAUCACAGCUAUCCUCAUCACCGAUGACCAGAGAACCAUCGUCACCGGGAGUCACGAAGGCCAAGUCUGUCUUUGGGACCUGUUGCCAGACCUCCAGAUGUCAUCAAGGCAGAUGCUUUUGGGGCACACAGCAUCAGUGACGUGUUUGGCAAAGGCAAGAGAUUUCGAGAAGCAAUCGUACGUGGUCAGUGCUACUGAGAACGGAGAGAUGAGCAUUUGGGACAUCACCAGUGGACGGUGUGUAGAGAAUACAAGGCUUCCAUUUCGGCACACAGCCAUCUGCUAUUACCACAGCUCAUUUCGCAUGGCAGGAGACGGCUGGCUGGUCUGUUGUGGGCAAUAUAACGACAUCCUCAUUAUUGAUGCGAUAACCCUAGUUGUACUUCACACAUUAACCUCUUCUUCCACUUCAGACUGGAUCAGCUGCAUGUGUUUAGUGCAUUCUCUGAGGAUUCAAGAGGAUUCUCUACUAGCCGUCUCUGCAGCAGGGGACCUUAAAGCCUGGGAUUUGUCAUCUUCGAUCAGCAGGAUACAGGAGAAGCAAAAGAUUUUUGAAAGAGAAUGCCAGCCUCUGGGCUGCACACCCUGCAUGGCAAUCCGAUUCUGCACUUAUACGGAGAGGCUGCUCUUAGUUGUAUUCUCCACCUGCUGGAAGGUGUACGAUUACUGUGACUUUUGCUUGCUGUGGACUGAGUUUAGCCCAAGCAGCCAGGCCUUGGCAGGAGGGGAAAUCCUGGCUGCCCACCGGUUGAUCAUUUGGACAGAAGAUGGGCAUGGCUACAUCUAUCAACUGGUGAACAGUGGGCUUUCACGGAGCAUCCAGCCAUCCAAAGGAAGGGUGCUGAAAGAAACCGUUCACCCCGUUCUACUUUCUUCUACUGAGGUGCAAGGCAACAAAAGUUUUUCUUACGUCAUGGGCUUCAUGAACGAAAGGAAGGAACCCUUUUAUAAGAUUCUUUAUUCUGGACAAGCUUCUGGGAGGAUUACUUUAUGGCACGUUCCGGAUGUCCCUGUUUCAACUCUAGAUGGCUCUCCAAAAGUGAUCCCAGUAGCAGCCUCCAGGACUCUGCAGGAUAACUUCAACUUCUACCAUCCGGUAGCUGAAGGUACCCCUGAUCGCCCCUGGGGAGCUCCCAUCACGGUUUCUACAUACAUCCCCAGCCUCCAGAAGUUGGUCUGUGGAUAUAAAGACGGCAGAAUUAUCACAGUACCAGCUUUGCAUGCGGCGAAGGCCAGACUGCUGGGAGAGGCUUCCGUGCAGAAAGACGCCGCGGCGGCACGCGUGCUGAGCGGCGCCAGCGGCAGCGGCGUGACGAAUGCAGGGAAGGUGAAGUGGAGACCUGCUGCUGUGAACAUCCACCUUCCUUCCCCCCUUUGCCUAGGAAGUCUAGAGCGCCAUGAAAGCGGGGAGACGGCCAAAGCGAUCCUCGUUUCCUGUGAAGAUUCUGGUCUUAUGGCCGACCCUCUUUAUGCAGCCUGGGAAGAAGACGGCCAGGGAGAGAAAGGUCUGGGAGGCUCAUUGUCCAGCUCCUCGGCCUUUGGCAGUUUUUCCUGCAACAGGCUCGCUCAUCAAAGAAGGUCUUUUUGUCAUCAGUUAACUGCUCUCUGCUGGGCUCAGGGGCCUUUUGCUGUUUGGCCAUUGAGGGCAACAUGGGAGACCAUGAGUGUCAACAUGCUCCUUUUUGAUUUGGAGAAGCUGGUGGAAUUGCUCUGCUCCUCUCAGGCCAAUGGACUGAAGUCCUCCAAUUCCUUCAGCACCAUCGACACUUUAAAGAGAGCCAGAAGCGCAACAGAUAAAAGGACAUCAAUGUUAAAGAGAAACAGAACUUCCGGCUCCCUCUCUCCGCUGGAUGGGCAGGGCAGAGUGGCCAGUGAAGAACAAGGCUCUGGGGAGGUGCAUACAGGUGGAACCCAGGUGGAACCAAGUGAUGGUAUCAAAAGACGCAAGAAAGCCAAGAGUUCCAAGAAGACGAAAAGGCAGACCUCUAGAAAAACCAGCCCAACUGUUGCCACAGAGGCAGCCAAACUCCUUUUGUCCUGUUUCUUCCCCUGGGGUGUGAACAGAGAGUUGGACGGUCUUUGUGUUCAGUAUUUAGGUAUCUUGAGACUUUUCUCUCCUGUCUCCUUUGGACUGCUUUCAAAAAACAAUUAUCUUACUUUGAUGUUACCAGGAUGGAACAGUGCUAAUCCCGAGAGGAUGGAAAAGCAGCAGGAGGUAGUCAAUCUGUUUUCUAGCAAAGUGCUGCAUUUACACAGUAAAUACUAUAGUGCAACCCAAGAGCAAGCAGGCAAGAAGAAUGGAUGGAGAAAUACUGUUACUUCUACAGAGCAAAGGCUGGUUUUGGCGUAUUUGUUGAGCAGGAUGUCUUUAGUUCAAAGGAUAAUUAACAGGCCUUCUGAAAAGACCAGCCUCAUGAAGCGCAACAAAUGGAGACCCACAGCCUCUGUGGUCUUGGACGAUCUUAACCGGGAGUCUUCUCCAGGCAUGUUCAGGUUUCCUGUUUGUGAGGCAGAUAAUCGUUCAUUUGUCAAGUUAAUUUCUUGCUGGAGAGACCAAUCUGUAGAGGUGAUGGAAGCCACUCAGGCAACAUUGCUGGCCGAAGUGGAACAGAGCAUGCAGCAGGCGGCCUUGGCUGGAGGUUGUGGGCAGACAAAUUCUACCAGAUGGGGGUCAGAGCGGGCCAAGAACCCCCCUUCGCUGGAUGCAGCUUUCGGCACCAUAGGCAUGAUCAAGUGUGAGAACUGCAUAACCACACCAAAUGUCGAAGAAGAUGGGGAAGGUUCUGCAGAGGAACUGGGGAUUCCAGGUGUAAGCAACCCACUUCCUUGGGUAUCCAAAUUGUGUUCCUGUAAGGUGUGUUAGAAGAGUGGUUGAAUUUUCCCAUGAGAAGAAUUGUUGCAGACAUAGAAGUGUCUCCAUUAUUCUUGGCUGAUGCUGGCUUGGGAAUAUCUUAAUAAUAACUGCGUAAGGUUGAAUUUUUAAUUUGUAGUAGUUUAUCAUUUGAUGGUCUUUAAAACAUUGCAAGUGAUUAAAAGCAGUGUAAAAAAUAAACAUAGUCAACCAAGGGCCUCAUGCAUUCUUAGUGGUCACUGCUUAAUCCAAGGUCUAGGAGGUAGUGGACAUGAAUGGGCCCUUAAACACCUCCUUGGCAAGGAAAGGCAACUUCCCCUUAGGGUAAAUUGUAAUUCAUUAUUCUGCAAUUAAAUUAGACAUCUGUGACUAACAGUAUCCCAAUUUGUCUGCAGGGCAUUAGAGCUCCAUGGCCCUUUUUGUCUUCUGUAAGUAAGGCAGGCAUUGAUGGUGAAACUGGCCAGGCGUAAAGCAAAAUAUUCCCUCUUUCUAUUUCUGGCCUGUCAGGAGAGGAGAAAAU